AAAAAAAAGACUCCACCCAAAUUAUUUAUCCUCGUGCCCCCUCCUCCAGCGCCACACCCUCUGACCACAGCUCAGCUCAUCCCUGCCCCGAGCAGAGUGUUAGUGCUGCCCACAGUGUUGCCAGGCAUCCCUGCAAGAGGAGGUGCGUUCAGCGAAGAGAAGUGAGCCUCAGUGUGGUGUGUCUGUGUAUGUGUGUCUGCCUUGUGAGCUUUCAGCAAGCAGAGUUAAGGAUCCCUGCCAGAUCCGGAGUUCAUCUGAAAUACAUUAAACCCUGGAGAAGGACCUAUCCUCUGUAAUCGCGCUGAAUUGACGCUCCACCGAGGGUUCCCAUUUGCUGCUGGAGGUACACCCAUACAAGUAGCUGCAGCCCCUCCAGGAGACUGACUGUUUUUGUCUCAAGUCAAAAUAUUUUCCAGUGCUCCAGAGGGCGAGAGCGAGGGAGAUCUGGUUGCUCGAAAAGGAGUCUGUGCCUUCUCCGAAGUAACUUGGUUGUGAUGCAGCAGAGGACACCAAGCCCAGAUGGUAAUUGGAAAUAAAAGUUGUCAGUGUUGCCGCGGCUUUCAGAGGGGGAGAUCCCGACUUCAAACGAAACAGCAUCCCUGUCGUUCCCUUCGGCGCGUGAAGAGGAGGUUUCAAGGACAAGAGUGCAGCGGUCCCAUAAAUACAGGAAACACCUGAAGGUUUUCCAAGGCUCAGCCACAGGAAAUACAGCUGCAGACAACAAACAACAACUCUGUCAGUGAUUUUUGUAAGAGGCUCCCAAUCUCAUCAGUCAAUCAGCAUGUCACGCUGGGGGCGAAAAAAUGUGAAAAAGGCGCCGGAGGUGAUCCGCACUGUGACAGAAGGGCUCAAGUCCCUUUAUCGGAAGAAGCUGCUGCCUCUGGAGCAGUACUACGGCUUCCAUGAUUUCCACUCUCCGAGUCUGGAGGAUGCGGAUUUCGAUAACAAGCCCAUGGUGCUGGUGGUGGGGCAGUACUCCACAGGGAAGACGACGUUCAUCAAGUAUCUACUGGAGCAGGAGAUUCCUGGGAGCAGGAUCGGACCUGAACCCACCACUGACUGCUUCACGGCCAUCAUGCAUGGGGAGGUGGAGGGAGUCAUCCCUGGGAACGCCCUCAUUGUGGACCCCAACAAGCCUUUCCGCAAACUCAACCCGUUUGGAAACACCUUCCUCAACAGAUUCCAGUGUGCCCAGAUUCCCAACCAGGUCCUGGAGAGCAUUAGCAUUAUUGACUCACCGGGGAUCCUGUCCGGGGCCAAGCAGAGAUUGAGCCGAGGUGAGCGAAAUAGCAAAGGCUAUGACUUCCCAGCUGUGCUGCGCUGGUUUGCGGAACGCGUGGACCGCAUCAUCCUGCUGUUCGAUGCCCACAAACUGGAGAUAUCUGAUGAGUUCGCCGAGGCCAUCGGCGCCCUGAAGGGCAACGAGGACAAGCUGCGCGUGGUGCUCAACAAGGCCGACAUGGUGGGCACCCAGCAGCUGAUGCGGGUGUACGGUGCGCUCAUGUGGUCCCUGGGGAAGGUGUUCGGCACCCCGGAGGUCCUGCGCGUCUACAUUGGCUCCUUCUGGUCCGAGCCGCUGAUGGUCACAGACAACCGUAAGCUGUUUGAGCUGGAGGAGGAGGAUCUGUUCGCCGACAUCCAAAACCUUCCUCGCAACGCGGCUUUGCGCAAGCUCAACGACCUGGUCAAGAGGGCGCGUCUGGUUCGGGUCCACGCCCACAUCAUCAGCUAUCUGAAGCAGGAGAUGCCUUCUGUCUUCAGAAAGGACUAUAAAAAGAAGAAUCUGAUCUACCAGCUGCCAGUUAUUUUCUCAAAGAUCCAGCUGCAGCACAACAUUUCUGCUGGAGACUUCCCAGACUGUGCCAAGAUGCAGGAGCAACUGAAUGUUCAUGAUUUCACCAAAUUCAAAACCUUGAAGCCGAAUCUGAUGGCCGCCUUGGACGAGUUGCUCUCCGCCGACAUCGCCACACUGAUGCCCCUCCUGCGCCAGGAGGAGCUGGAAGCAGGUGACCAACUGGGCGUGCAGGGCGGAGCCUUCGUGGGGACCCGUGGCGGGCCGUUCGGCGAGGGCGACCCCUUCGCUGAGCACAACGGCGAGAACUGUGAGGAGGAGGACGACUGGGUGGUGACCAAAGACAAGCCCAAAUACGAUGAGAUCUUCUAUAACCUCGCUCCAGACGAGGGGAAACUGAGUGGCCACAAGGCAAAGGACUGGAUGGUGAGCUCCCGCCUGCCCAACUCGGUGCUGGGUCGCAUCUGGAAGCUGUCGGAUGUUGACCGGGAUGGCAUGCUGGAUGACGAAGAAUUUGCCCUGGCCAGCCACCUGAUUGAGGUCAAGCUGGAGGGCCAUGGUCUACCCCCUGAGCUCCCCAGCCGUCUGGUCCCACCCUCCAAACGCAGGCAGAAGGGUUCUGAUGCAUAGACAUGUCAUGAAGCCCCCGGAGCUGAAAGGGACUGAUGUCCAUCGGCCACCACACUUCUGCUACUGUUCGUAUUUGCUCUUGUUUUCCCCCAGACCCAUGUCCAAAUUCGUUCAACUUUCCCUCCGAGACUGAUUGCGUCUUGUACAAUGGAACAUACUGUAUUUAACUGUAACUCUUACAUUUUAGACUAUAACAAGGGCUUACCGCAAAAACAAAAAAUAAGACUGUGUAUCAAGAAGUCACUCGGGUCUGGUUGCUUCUUCCCUUUGGCUCCUGAAAGUUUGCUUCUUUUAUCAUGAACUUUUAAAAGAUAUAUCUACUUAUGUGUGCUGAGCAGCAGAAAAAUAAAGGCUGGCGCCCUCUAAGCGCGCAGUAUUCGACAUAUAUUUCACAGAAUACCAAAACAACUGUAUUAAAAACCUUUUAGACUGGAGUGGCACAGUCUGGUCUUGGUGACAAUUUGUAGGAUUGAGCCACUUUCAGAUCUGCUCAUUCCAGUGAGGGUUUCAUCUACAAAUACAUUUACUACAUUUAUUUUGUUCACGUGAUUUGUUUAUACUUUUUUCAACUCAAACUGGCAGCACAGAUCUAAUAACCCCCGAAUGCGUUUCACCUUGAUGCUUUACAUGCCACAGUUUUGUGCAUACUUUACAUAUUAUUUUUGUAACUGUUGCAGUUGUUUUGUAUGUGCAGGAGCGACACCUCAGUUCGAAAACAUUACACGCUGAAUGAUUGAUAUAUUACUGACUACUGUACACAGCUCCACCAAAUGUUCUUAUGUUAACUAGUAUUGUAAUCAAAUAAAAAAAACCUGACUGUG